CGCUCUAGCCGGCGGCGGAGCCGGCAGUUCCUCGGCGGUGCCCGUCGCGUUGCCCAGGGAACGGUCUCCCGGCAGUCCCCGCGGCCCGGAGUCCAUCCCCACCUCCUCCGGCCCUGCCGGGCCGACGAGUCCGGAGGGGCUGCCGCGGGAGCCCCAGGUUUCCCCAGAUGCCGGUUAAGAUCCCUCGUCCUGCCUGAAGAUCAGCGGUGGAGACCUUGGCCAUGGCGUCUGUGUCGGAGCCUGUCACCUUCAGAGAGUUCUGCCCGCUCUACUAUCUGCUGAAUGCCAUCCCCACGAGGAUCCAGAAGGGGUUCCGCUCGCUGGUGGUCUACCUCACGGCGCUCGACACCAACGGCGACUACAUCGCGGUGGGCAGCAGCAUUGGCAUGCUCUACCUGUACUGCCGGCAGCACGGCCAGAUGAGGAAGUACAACUUCGAGGGGAGAACCGAGUCCAUCACGGUGGUGAAGCUGCUGAGCUGCUUCGACGACCUGGUGGCCGCAGGCACAGCCUCUGGGAGGGUUGCAGUUUUUCAGCUUGUAUCCUCGCUGCCAGGGAGAAAUAAACAGCUUCGGAGGUUUGACGUCACUGGCAUUCACAAAAAUAGCAUAACAGCUCUGGCUUGGAGCCCCAAUGGGAUGAAACUGUUCUCUGGAGAUGAUAAAGGGAAAAUCGUCUAUUCUUCUCUGGAUCUAGAUCAGGGCGUCUGCCGCUCGCACCUGCUGCUGGAGGAGCCGGCCUCCAUCGUGCAGCUGGACUACAGCCAGAAGGUGCUGCUGGUCUCCACGCUGCGGCGGAGCCUGCUGUUCCACACCGAGGAGCGCUCCGUGCAGCAGGUCGGGGCACAGCCGCGGAGAAGCACUGGGAAAUUUGGUGCCUGCUUCAUACCAGGACUCUGUAAGCAAAGCGAUCUAACUUUGUACGCAUCCCGGCCUGGGCUCCGGCUGUGGAAGGCUGACAUCCACGGGACUGUCCAGGCCACGUUUAUCUUAAAAGACGUCUUCGCCGGAGGAGUCAAGCCUUUCGAGCUUUAUCCACGCCUGGACUCUGCCGCGCGGGGAGGGUGCAGCUCUCCUGAGAAGCACUUGGGGCUCGUGUCGUGUUUCUUCCAAGAAGGUUGGGUGUUGAGUUGGAAUGAAUACAGUAUUUACCUUCUGGACACCGUCAACCAGGCCACAAUUGCUGGUUUGGAAGGAUCAGGUGAUAUUGUGUCUGUUUCCUGCACAGAAAAUGAAAUAUUUUUCUUAAAGGGAGACAGGAACAUUAUACGAAUUUCAAGCAGGCCUGAAGGACUAGCAUCAAUAGUUAAACCAGCUUCUUUACCAGUGCGGGAUGGUCUGGAGACAUCAGCGUGCUCAGAGCAAGUCCAUGGGCCGCGUGCAGAGAAGCUGCCGGCGGCCACGCCUUCCGAGACGAGGCUCCGAGGCUCUUCAGUGGCCAGCUCUGUGGCCAGCGAGCCCAGGAGCAGGAGCAGCUCGCUCAACUCCACGGACAGUGGCUCCGGGCCUCAGACAGCCCCCGAGCUGGGCAGGGGUGGCCCGCUCACCUCGAAGAGGUUCAGCGUGAUCAGCUCGGAGGACUUCGACCAGGAGCUCGUGGUGAAGCCUCUCAGAGUGAAAAAGAAGAAGAGGACGAAGAAGACAGUAGAAGGUGGGAGCAGCACCACGGGCCCCAGCUCCCUUGAGUCGACCCCCGGCUGUGAGUGUCCUGGGGACAGCCCCCAGUCCGUGAGCAUGGACCUGCCAUCUGUGGCCUCCAGCUUGGGCAGCAUCAUGGACCGGUCCAGCACAGGGUCUCCUGACCAGGAGAGCAGUCUCAGCGGGGAGGCCGCUGGUGUGCUGCCGGAGUAUAGCGACCCUGAGGCAUUCAGUGUCCUGGAGGUGCCCCUGCCUGCCCCUGACCUGCUAAACCGAGGCGGUGACGGGAGAGCUGAAAUCCCCUUGGACGACGGCGAGGGCGGGACAGAGCUGCCCGCUGGGGUGGUGAGCUCCUCCUGGCGCCCGCCGGAGCUCGUGGAGGGCUCUGAGGACAUCGUGGAGCUGGAGGAGGAGCCUCGUCUCGCGGACGGUGGGCCGGGUGGCGCGGCGGAGGCCCGAGGGGACGGGGCCAUGCAGCCUGACGGCCCCCAGGGCACUUUCUCAGAAGCCUGCAUCCUGGACUCGGCGGCGGUGCCUUCCCACCUCAGCUGGGCCCCCAGUGCAGAGCAGCAGCUUCCGGGGGCCACGGCUGAUGAAGGCAGAGCUGAGGAGCCUCCCGAAGAGCAGGGCUUCCUGAUGCAUGUGGGAGCCCCCCAUCACCUCAGCCUGAGUCCCUGGCACGGUGCUCCUGACGCUGACACGGGCCAGACGGCGGUUGUCACUUCCGAGCGUGACCUGGGCGGGGGAGGCCAACCGCCUCCCUGGGCCUCGGCCUCAGCAGCCGGUGCCCAGGAGCAGCCCCCACGGGACCAGGUGCUGACCUCCAGCGACGAGGAGGACAUCUAUGGCCACGGGCUGCCCUCUUCGUCCUCGGAGACGAGUGUGACGGAGCUGGGAGGGGGCCGCUCCCUGCAGGACCUGAGGCAGCUGGGCGCAGACGACCCUGGGCUGCUCAAGGCCGAUCAGUUUGCAGAAAGCUGGAUGGGCUACUCCGGGCCCGGCCACGGCAUCCUCAGCUUGGCGGUCUCUGAGAAGUACCUCUGGUGCCUGGACUACAAAGGCGGCCUGUUCUGCAGCGCGUUGCCAGGCGCUGGGCUGCGCUGGCAGAAGUUCGAAGAUGCUGUCCAGCAGGUGGCAGUCUCGCCCUCAGGCGCCCUUCUUUGGAAGAUUGAACAGAAGUCUAACCGAGCCUUUGCGUGUGGAAAAGUGACCAUCAAGGGGAAACGCCACUGGUACGAAGCUCUGCCCCAGGCGGUGUUUGUGGCCCUGAGCGACGACACGGCCUGGAUCAUCAGGACCAACGGGGACCUGUACCUGCAGACAGGUCUCAGCGUGGAUCGCCCCUGCGCCAGAGCCAUGAAGGUCGACUGUCCGUUCCCGCUGUCCCAGGUCACUGCCCGCAACAGCGUGGUGUGGGCGCUGACGGAGCAGCGAGCCCUCCUGUACCGGGAGGGGGUGAGCAGCUUCUGCCCCGAGGGGGAGCAGUGGAAGUGCGACAUCGUCAGUGAGAGGCAGGCUUUGGAGCCCGUCUGUAUAACUCUCGGGGACCAGCAGAGCCUGUGGGCCCUGGACAUCCGAGGAAACCUGUGGUUCCGGACUGGGGUCGUUUCCAAGAAACCCCAAGGAGACGACGGCCACUGGUGGCAAGUGAGCAUCACGGACUACGUGGUGUUCGACCAGUGCAGCCUGUUCCAGACCAUCAUCCACGCCACUCACUCGGUGGCCACAGCGGCCCAGGUGCCCGUGGAGAAGGUGGCGGACAGACUCCGCACAGCGUUCUGGUCCCAGCAGCUGCAGUGCCAGCCGAGCCUGCUGGGCGUCAACAACAGCGGCGUCUGGAUCUCCUCGGGCAAGAACGAAUUCCACGUCGCUCGAGGGAAUCUCAUCGGCACUUACUGGAAUCAUGUUGUUCCCCGGGGGACCGCCUCUGCCACAAAGUGGGCCUUUGUGUUGGCGUCCACUGCCCCCACCAAGGAAGGAAGCUCCCUGUGGCUGUGCCAGAGCAGCAAGGACCUGUGUCGUGUGAGUGCCCAGCACGCCCAGUCCCGCCCAUCCACCGUGCAGCUGCCCCCCGACGCCGAGAUGAGGGCCUACGCUGCCUGCCAGGAUGCCCUGUGGGCACUGGACAGCCUCGGCCAGGUGUUCAUCCGGACGCUGUCCGCCAGCUGCCCCACGGGCAUGCACUGGGCCCGGCUGGACCUCUCCCAGCUAGGAGCUGUGAAACUGACGAGCCUGGCCUGUGGCAACCAGCACGUCUGGGCCUGCGACUCCAGGGGUGGCGUUUACUUCCGCGUUGGCACCCAGCCACUGAACCCCAGUCUGAUGCUUCCGGCCUGGAUAGCGAUUGAGCCACCUGUCCAGCCCGCCGGGGUCACCUUGGUCAGCGUGCACUGCAGCCCCGACGACCAGACGCUGUGGGCCCUGGACAGCAGGUGGAACGUGCAUGUCCGAGCUGGGAUCACCGAGGAGAUGCCAGUGGGGACCGACUGGGAGCACGUGCCAGGGCUGCAGGCCUGCCAGCUGGCCCUGAGCGCCAGGACCGUGUGGGCCCGCUGUCCCAACGGGGACCUCGCCCGACGGUACGGCGUCAGCGACAAGAACCCUGCCGGGGACUACUGGAAGAAGAUCCCGGGGAACGUGACGUGUGUCACAGUGACCUCAUCGGACGAGCUGUGGGCAGUGGGCCCGCCCGGCUACCUCCUCCAGCGGCUGACAAGGACGUUCAGCCACUCGCACGGCGCCCAGGGCAGCCACGCCGCCACCCCCCACCCCGAGGACCUGGAGGACGAGUGGGAGGUCAUCUGAAGGUGCUCCCGGGAGGGCGGACGCGGCGCCCCGAGCGGGGACACAGCCGGCUUCUGAGUCACUCGCCCUGGACACGCCUCACAGCCCCCAUCAGACUCGUCUAGCCAGGUCGGAGGGCCCACUCUUGUUUUCAUCCGUGUUCGUCUGAGUCUCGUCCCAGAACCCACAGCCUCGGCCGAGGGUCCGAGCCAUCGCGGCAGCAGCGGGGCCUCUGGACUCCCGCGGAGGCCGUCCCGGGUGGGGCCGGCGGCGGCUGCAGUUGCAUGUACUGCAGUCUCUGCCGUGCGCCAUAGCCCCCGCCUCAGCACUAGCCGCCCCGAGCCCGGGGUCAGCGCUGCCGGCUCCCGAGCGCGCUCCCGCCGGGGCCCUUGCCUCUAUUCUGAGACGCGGUUCCCGGCGCACGUUCUGCGCGGACCCGCCGGAUGGGAAGCCAGCUGUGCCAGGACAGGGGCACGCAGCACACGCACGCACACGACACAUGCACGCGCACGCACGCACGCACCCCGCCUUGGGGCCAGGCCCGCCCCAGCAGACACAGCUCAGCCGGAACAAUAAAGCCGGUGGGCGAAGGGAACCGAUGUGUGCGCGGGAACCCCAAGCACGGGCCGCCCGUGGGGCCUAGCCCUGCUGUGACGUAGGAACGUCUCAGUGACACUCAGCCCGUGCUGCUGGGGGCAUCGCAGAAACCCGAGCACCCUCAGAGGGCGAACCUACUAAUGAUGGCCUUUUCUGUUUGUUGUAUUACAAACCUACAUGAGAUACCUCAUCUGAAAUCCGAUCUUGCAAGUUUGAAAUGUAUUUUCUGGACCCAGCGGAAGGCCUCGCGCCCCUUCUCGUGGUCUCUCCUGAGCCCGCACUGUUCUCCGCUGAGUGUCCUCCCCGGGCAGGGCAGCCCCGGGACCUGCCGCCGGCUCCCAGCAGUGCCAGCCUGUCUGCGGGCAUCCACUUUGGGAGGGUGGACGCCCUCACAGGGCCACAGCUGGUGCCUGCGUGGUCCGCUGCUGCAUGGGCCAUCCCAGACUUCAGUCUGGGGCCUCGGCCCGAGGGGCCCACUUGCGUCGACGGGCGGGAGCAGCAGUCCCCGCCGCCCCUCCCUCCGCGGCCACCCUGGCACGACUCCGGCCGGGCUGCUUUUUUUAGCCUGCCGUUGGCGCAGGGCCCUGUUACUCGAUGCCUGUUUUCUACUAGGCAGGCGUGUCCGAGAGCCCCUGGGCCACAGGUGAAAAGCGAUAAGAUAUGUUCUGUGACAGGACCCAGCCAGCCAGGAGGACAGAGCUUUCCCAGGUAUACCUGAAGACGAGAAGCCGCAGUGCCCGCCCGCACCUUGCCCCUCACCCCGACAGAGCCCCUCACGCGUGCCGACAGUGGAGGCCCCUCUCCCGCGCCCGCUGUGCCUUGCCCGGCUCCUCUCCCCGCUCGGCAGAGCUCCGCUGAACCUGCGGGGCUUCAGUGCAGUGAGCCCCCGUCUGGCUGGAUGCUCCCAGUGACUUGUAGCUUCAGUGCUCUGUACAGUUUCUGGUUUUUCAGCUCUGCUUUGAGACAGUGCAAUAAACGCGCCUCUCCCCGUCUCGUCCAGCCUGACGUCUGAAGGGAGAAGCCGCCCUGAGUGGCGCUCUUGCAGGCUGUUCCCGCGGAGAACCUGCUGUGUUCCCGGCCCAGCCCCCCGCCAGGAGGGUGUGCCCGGGGGCGGCCCUGCGGAGUGUCACUCCAGAGGUGCCCCUGGGGGCAGGCUCUGAGGGCAAGACCUUGGGCCUGCAUCUCCACCCACGGCCCAAAAGCAGAUACCAGAAGUGCCCUGGUGGAAACCAGCAGGUGGGAGGAGAGCGUGUUCAUGACACAGCAGGACGGCUGCGUGCCAGGCAACCACCUGAGCAAGACACGUCACUCAGUCAAGAGCCGGCCAGGCUUUAUGGAAGACUUCCAUGAAGCUUGACCGGGAAGGUGUGGCCGACAUUCCUGAGGGCAAGCCACAGACACGGUGCAGACAUCGUCCUCUCCAAAGGCAUCUAUGGGUUUCUCUCCAUUUGUCAAACUCCCCACUGGGAUUCUUUUUGUUGGGGGAGGCAGAGAAGACUCCAUAAAAUAACGUUUGUGCCCACAGGCAUGCUCUGAGGGUCUCCCAGCUCACUGGGGCUCCGGUGAGACCCAGCGAGGGGACGUUGCUGGAGGCGGCACAGCGCGCGCUGGGAUUGGACCCAGCUCUGUGGGCUCCAGGCCUUGCUGGGAAGAAACAGGUGAGCGGUGCUGAGCGAUGACGGCCCCGAAUGAAGCAGGCCAUGGGUGGGCCGGCGGUGACAUCAGGCAGCCCAGCAGGGACCACGGGCCGUUAGCCAGAUGGAGGGGGGGGAGGCGACUGCGAGCUGGCGUGGACCUCAGCCUAACCGCUCCGGUGAAGCAGAUACGAAGUGGACGAGAGGAUCUUAAAACCAGGGGGCAAAGGACGGUAACUGACUUCUGGAUGGCAAGCACUUUCUAAACUCCAAAGUGGUGGGAAAAGUCAGAGGAAAAUAGUAUAUUAUUUCCUCAAUUGAUUUCCUCAAAUUAUAACAAUCCUAUACAUUAAAAAAAAACAAAACAUAAAACUAAAAGGGGAAACAAUUGCAGCAAGUCGGAGGAACACCUGAGACCCCUGUGAACGGAGGUGAAAGGACACUGCCUUCCGAUCCCCCAGGGCGCACGCAGAGCCGGCAGCGCCCGGCUCGGCCCUCCCGGGAAGGCCGCCAGCAGCCCGGCAGCAGCCUUACAACCCUCACACCUGUAGACCCCUACUUCCAGAAACCUGUCCCUGAGAACAAGCCCUAAGUCAGGCGUACGGCUGCAGCAUCGUAGGAAUUGUGAAACACUAAAACAGCUGACUGACAGCAGCUGACACGGGAACAUCCCUCUCAGAAACAGCAUAUGCAGCUGUUACAAACCGCGUGUGCCCCUGGAGGAAAUCUGCUGAGCAGUCUCUUAGGCAGUUUUACCGCAUCAGCGCUAAAUCUCUUGGGCGUGGUAAGGAGAAUGUGGUUUUGUAGGACUUCAUACACAGAGAGUAAGAUAACACACGUGUCCGCGUUGCUCUCUUCUAACUUCUGGUGGGCUUGCAACCUUUCAUAGUAAUUCCAGGGGACACGGGAGGGGCAGACACUACACACGCAGCUGGCCUUGGUGGCUGGUGGUCGCCUGUAGUGUGUACCUUUUUGUAUCUUUUGAAUUUGAGCCAUGUAAAUGUAUUAUUUAUUCCAAAAAUAAAUAAAAUUUACAUUUUAAAGACUCA